AUGGCUUCCUUCUCCGGGAAGCCGAAGAAAGGGAUUCUAAAGCCGUCUGGAAGCGUGGAACAGCACAAAAAAGAGAUUGAAUGGGAUGAAAUGAACAUAAUUGCUACUUACCAUCCAGCCAACAAGGAUUAUGGACACAUGAAAAUUGACGAGCCACCAACACCUUUUAACAAAGCAGCUGUUUCAGACAGUGAGGAUGGAACGAAUGAAAAAGCGGGAAGUGAAUGUUCUAAUGUUGAACUGGAUGCUGAACAGUUGGCACGGAAAUUGGAAAGUGGCCUUGGUUCAAGUGUUGACAGGAAGUACUAUCAGGAUGAAGACGAAGAUGACACUAACAAUGAAAAUAUGACGGAGGAAGAGAAAAAUCAGAAGAAGGCUUUCAUUAUGAAGCGGAAGAUGCACUAUAAUGAAUUUGCUGCUGUACAGCUGGCAAAAAAGUUGAUGGAAGAGGACGAUGACGAUGGCGCUGAAAAUCCGACUAGUUCCCACAGCAAGGGAUCGGCUAACGUUGAUGGCAAAGGAUCAGCCAAAGGUAAAAAAUCUGCAGUAAAAAAACCAUCGAAAGAAUUCAACAGUUCUUAA